GUGCGGCGCGUGAUGUACGGCUGGAACUGCGGCAAGCCGGUGGCGGCCGUCUCGCUGGGCCCCGAGCUGGCAGCCUCGGCGGCGGCAGCCAGCUACGACCUGCAGGCCUACCGCUUCCAGGCGGCGCCUGAGCAGCUGCGGCCGCCACGCGUCGUGCGGGUGGGCCUGGUGCAGAACAGCAUCCACGCGCCCACCACCGCGCCCUUUGUGGAGCAGCGCCAGGCCAUCCACGACCGCGUGCGGCAGAUUGUGGACGCGGCAGGGGCAGCGGGGGUGCAGGUGCUGUGCCUGCAGGAGGCCUGGCACAUGCCCUUUGCCUUUUGCACCCGCGAGAAGCAGUGGACUGAGUUUGCGGAGUCGGCAGAGGCGGGGCCCUCCACGCGGCUGUGCCGGGAGCUGGCGCGCAAGCACGGCAUGGUGAUUGUGAACCCCAUCCUGGAGCGGGACGAGGCGCACGGGGACACGAUCUGGAACACCGCCGUGGUGGUGGGCAACAACGGCAACGUCAUUGGCAAGCACCGCAAGAACCACAUCCCGCGCGUGGGCGACUUCAACGAGUCCACCUACUACAUGGAGGGCAACACGGGGCACCCGGUGUUUGAGACGGCGUUUGGCAAGAUUGGGGUCAACAUCUGCUACGGCAGGCACCACCCCAUGAACUGGCAGGGUUUUGGGCUCAACGGCGCCGAGGUUGUGUUCAACCCCUCGGCCACGGUGGGGGAGCUCAGCGAGCCGAUGUGGCCUGUGGAGGCGCGCAACGCCGCCAUCGCCAACAGCUACUACGUGGGCGCCAUCAACCGCGUGGGCACCGAGACCUUCCCCAACGCCUUCACCAGCGGCGACGGCAAGCCCGCGCACAAGGACUUUGGCCACUUCUACGGCAGCAGCUACUUUGCGGCGCCCGACGCCUCGCGCACGCCCUCGCUGGCGCGCAACAAGGAUGGCCUGCUGGUGGCCGACCUGGACCUCAACCUGUGCCAGCAGAUCCGGGACAAGUGGGGGUUCCGCAUGACGGCGCGCUACGACAUGUACGCGGAGCAGCUGGGGCGGUACGUGCGCCACGACUUCCAGCCGCAGGUCAUCAAGGACCCGUCGCUGUGACGGUUUGGACGGCCUUGACGCUCGAGGCGCCCCUUACUUGACGCACCGAUGCCCGCCCCCGCCGCAUGCGCUCUACUCCCUGUUCGUUAUGCCUGUACGUGAAGCCACGAUUUUGUUCACAUUGAACGGUACUGCUGUACAGAUUCAGUGAGCACCGGGCUGUAAUACUCACUUCAACUGCAC